AUGAUUUAAUUCCACUAAAUCUUAUUGCUUCUUUUUACAAUAAUGAUUCCCGUUGUUGGAGAUGAAUUAGAUAAAAUGAGUUUUAGUGAAAAGCAUAUUUACAUUAAUAACUUUUAACAUUAUGUUGAAAAUGUAAGAAAUCAUGAUUAUCUAGAUAUUUCUUGGGUUUAUAGGUGCUAUUGUCUAAUAUUUUAUGUGUUGUUCAUUUAUUGAAUAUUUGAAUCCAAUGCCUAAAACAAAAUUAAGAGUAUAAAAUAUUUUGAAAGAAAUCCGCUUUGGAAUUCCUUAACUAAUGUUUGGAAGUUUUGUAUCAAUGGUAUAAAUAUUUAAAAAUAAUAAGUCCUUUUAUUAUUAUAUAUAUCCUUACACUCCAUAUUAUAAAUAUUUUGAAAUCAGAGACUACAGUAUACAUCAUUUGAUAUAUGGUGUUGGAUUUCAUUGUUUAUGGAAAAUAUGUAUUUAUGAUAAAUUAAAAUAGUUAAUGGAUAUUGGAUUCAUAGAUUAUUACAUUAAAGAUAAUUUUAUUAAUACAUUCAUAGUAUUCAUCAUUCUUUCAAAGAACCUACUUCUUUUGGUUAUUGUGCAGGACAUCCUUUGGAAGGUUUUCUAUUAGGUACAAUGAUUCUUCAUUCAGCUGAAGUAUUGAUACCAAUUCAUCCUUUAUAAACCAUGAUUUUUGGACUAUUAUUUGCUAUUAAAGAUAUGUUGGCUCAUGAUGGAAAGUAAUAUCUAAUUAAUAUUUUUAGUAUUUUAGACUAUGAAGAUCACUAUAGACAUCAUUUAUAUUAUGUAGUCAAUUUUGGUAAUCCUAUUUUAGAUAAACUUUUUGGUACUUCAUAUAAUCCAGUAUAAUGUUUAUUUUAAUUUUAGAAAAAUUAUCCUAUAAAACAAAAAUGUUCAUAUAUUAGUGAAUUUAAAAAUCAAAACAAUCCUUUAUUCCUCAAAUAUUAAUGA